AUGUCCUUAUCAGUAAGGAGCCAGAGUCAAGAGAACAAAGUUCAACUAGACUUGUCAGAGAAGAAAAGCUUCUUCAAACCAUUUCAAGAAAAUGAAGACUGUAGCGACAAUUUAAUUUCGUUUGAUAAUGCAGAAAGAAAAUUUGUUCCUGAUUCAACUAUUGGAUCCAGCAUCAAAUUAGAUGGGUCGAGUGUUGUUAGAUUUUCUAUCCGAGUUGAGGAUCAGUCAAGGACUUGUGAAAGGAAAGAACAAUCACUUAUUAAUACAGGAACCCAAGAAAGUGAAAAUAGGACCAAUAGAGCCGUUGGUAUUAGUAUAAUUAAAAACGAUCUUUUCAUCAACAAAUUGGAGAAUCUUUUGGAGGAUGAUAUUUUCCAUUGUUUUGAAUCAAGUAAGUCGAAUUUUGUGGAUAUGUUUGAUGGAAUCGUUGACAAUUCGGUCUUAAUUAACGAAUUUGAAUCUGAUGAUCCGUUGAUAGCAGCAACAGCAGCAACAGAAGACGAAGAAGCUGUAGAAGACGUUAUAGUUCGAGAUAAUAGAUAUAAUUUGGAAAACAGACUUGCAGAUCUUUGUGAUUUAGUUUUAGUUUUGGACAAAGUCUUGGAUUUUCUGGAAAGAGUAACCAAUUUUCCUCCCCAUGAGGAUGUGCUUAAAAAGUGCAUGGAUCUUAUUACGAGAUUAGUAAAAGUGGCACCUGAGAAUGAGCUUGCAGUUCUUUUACGGCAGGCAAGAACGGAAAUAAAUCAAUCCGAGGCCCAAAUUGCAGAGGCAAAGGGAAACUGUUUAACAUCGGUGAUUGCUUUACAAACUCUUACCAAUGUCCCAAAACAAUUAUUGAAAAGCCUUUACUUUGAAGUCGAAGGACAGGACCUAAGUGUUACUGAAAGUAAAAAUCUUAAGACUAGCUACAGUUUCCUCUUGGUGUACCAUAUGAUGUCAUUAUUGUUACGGAAACUAUUUGAGCUCUGUCUCUUGAUGGACUGUACAUCUCACAAGGUUUUGGAGGCUCUCGAAGGGUUUAUAUGGAUUGCAAUUGAAAUGGACAAAUCUGACAUAAUAAUAAGAAUGGAAGAUCAAUUCUGGAGAUGGAAUAACCAGAAUAAAUGGAUUGAUGAAACUGAGGUGCAAGCUUGGUGUAUCAAUCUAGUUAUAAAGAUGGAAGAGAACUUUAACAAGGAAGUCACGUCGUGUCAAGAUGAAGAUGAACAGUUGAACAUUAAAGACAAGUACAACCUUGCAAAGCUCUUCAUUAACGAGUUUAACGAUAUGCUAUUUUCUUUGAGAAAAGCUAAUGAUGGUACUGAAGCAACAAGGGAAUAUACAGACCUCUUGACAAGGUUUGCUAAUAGCUUAGAAACCCGACUCAGUGGAAGAGGAAUACGUCGCCAUUGGGAAGAAGAUGGUAUGGAUGAAGAAGUAGGAAUGGGAUCUAUAAUGGAGAGCCACUCACCUCUAAUUUCUGAGAGGAAUUUUGCACUUGGCAGCCUGGUUCUAGGUAGCUCCUCUGUCACAAUGAUUGUUGAUGCAAACAUAGAAUUACAAUUGCCUCAAGAACCCUCGUACGAAGCCUCAAGAAGUAUUAUCAUUGACGCUAGAGAAGUUGACGAGACUAAAAGUGACAUUGUGAAAAGUCAAUUGAGGGAAGCGUCAGGGACUGGGCCAGGACCAGAGCCCGAGACAGAACCAGCGACAAUAGAGGAACAAGAGCAGGAACAGACCCAAAGAAUUGAUGGCGGGACAGAAUUCGACACAAUGGUUCUGCACGACGGCUCAAUAUAUUUCCACACGAGGCCUGUCCGAUGGUUGCAUUUCAUGACGACAGUACCGCACGAUGGCUAUAGGUACAAGAUAUGGAUGAAGCUACGUAAGAUAAAGGAACAUUGCGUAAUUCACUGGCCUCGGCCGGCGGGUUCCGGCGAAGGGUUUGCACAUGGGAUCCAGGAUCAAGAACAAGACGAGAGACAAGACCAAGAUCAGAACCAGAACAGCCACCAGAACAGCCACCAGGCGUUAAGCGUCCGGUCUAAGAACAAAGCGAAAACGAAAGUCUCAAGCCAUAUCCGGAACGGCUUGAUCUUCCAGGACGAGUAUCUGAACACUACAUACGGGGACCUAGACCCACCGACGCCGGGCAGGUUCAGCAGACUCAGGGAGAAGAAGAAACGACUAAUGUUCAAGUUCUUCGGAGAUGACGACUAA